GGCUGCCGCCAGGUGCAGAGUGACUCCCCGUGGGGCGAGGGGGCGCCUGGGACGCCCCUGUUUUGGGGCAGGGAAGGCGAGAGCGGGAGGAGCACCUUUCCCUCUGCGCCUCCGUCGCCAUGGAGACGCUCAUCCCCGUCAUCAACAAACUGCAAGAGAUCUUCAACACGGUGGGAGCCGAAGUCAUCCAGCUGCCCCAGAUCGUGGUAGUUGGUUCCCAGAGCAGUGGGAAGAGCUCUGUGCUGGAGAGCAUUGUAGGCCGGGACUUCUUGCCUCGUGGCUCUGGCAUUGUCACACGCCGGCCUCUCGUCCUGCAACUGGUGCAUGUCCCAACACUAGAGGAGAGAAGGCAGACAGCCAGUGGAGAAAGCGGUAUCCAGGCUGAUGAGUGGGCCACCUUCCUGCACUGCAAGCACAAGAUUUUCACUGACUUCAGCGAGAUUCAGCAGGAGAUUGAAAUCGAGACGGAGCGGACCACUGGGACCAAUAAGGGAAUCAGCCCAGAGCCCCUGUACUUGAAGAUCUACUCCCCACAUGUCCUCAACUUGACACUAGUUGACCUUCCAGGAAUCACCAAGGUGCCCGUUGGGGAUCAGCCCCACGACAUUGAGGUUCAAGUACGGGACAUGAUCCUGUCCUACAUCUCCAACCCAAACUGCUUGAUCCUGGCUGUGACAGCUGCCAAUACAGACAUGGCCACGUCAGAGGCACUAAAGCUGGCACGCGAUGUCGACCCUGAUGGGCGAAGGACACUGGCUGUGAUCACCAAGCUGGACCUGAUGGAUGCUGGGACAGAUGCCAUGGAUGUGCUAAUGGGUCGGGUUAUUCCCGUCAAGCUGGGCAUCAUUGGGGUGGUCAACAGGAGCCAACAUGAUAUCAACAGCAACAAGAGCAUCAGUGAGUCCCUCCAAGAUGAGCAGGGCUUCUUGCAGAAGAAGUACCCAUCGCUUGCCAACCGAAAUGGCACACGUCACCUGGCUAAGACUCUCAAUAGGCUGCUGAUGCACCAUAUUCGUGACUGCCUGCCUGAAUUAAAGACCCGGGUGAAUGUGCUGACUGCCCAGUACCAGUCUGUGCUACAGAGCUACGGGCAGCCCAUUGAGGACAAGAACGCCACCUUGCUUCAGAUCAUCACCAAAUUUGCCACCGAGUACUGCAACACAAUUGAGGGCACGGCACGUAACAUUGAGACAUCGGAGUUGUGCGGAGGAGCCAGGAUGUGCUACAUUUUCCAUGAGACGUUUGGUCGCACCCUGGAGUCCAUUGAUCCUCUGGCUGGACUUACAAUGCUGGAUAUCUUGACAGCCAUCCGAAAUGCCACCGGACCCCGUCCAGCCCUCUUUGUCCCUGAAGUCUCCUUUGAGCUACUUGUGAAACGUCAGAUCAAGCGCCUGGAGGAACCAAGCCUUCGCUGUGUGGAGUUGGUGCACGAGGAGCUGCAGCGCAUUAUCCAGCACUGUUCCACCUACAACACACAGGAGCUGUUGCGUUUUCCUAAGUUGCAUGAGGCGAUUGUGGAGGUGGUGACAGGAGUCCUUCGCAGGAGGCUGCCCAUCACAAAUGAGAUGGUGCACAAUCUGGUUGCAAUUGAACUGGCCUACAUUAACACCAAGCACCCAGACUUCAUUGACACAGCUCUCGUUUCUGCCUCCGUGAGCAGUUCUAAGACUGAAUCCGUUCCAGAUGGUGCCCGGCGAUGGAAAAGUGAAAAAGCAGAAGAACCUAGUGCAGAUGACAGACCCAAGGGGUCCUCGCAGACCUCCGUCUAUUCCAGCCCUAGUCGGUCCCAUGCAGUCAACCUGCUAGACACGCCCAUGCCUGCUACACGCAAACUGAGCCAACGGGAACAGCGAGACUGCGAGGUCAUCCGCCGCCUUAUCAAGUCCUAUUUCCUCAUUGUGCGCAAAAGCAUACAAGACAGUGUCCCCAAAACAGUGAUGCAUUUCCUGGUGAACUACGUCAAAGACCACCUUCAGAGUGAACUCGUGGGCCAGUUGUACAAGCCACAGCUCCUUGACACAUUGCUGACAGAGUCUGAGGACAUGGCUCAGCAACGCAAUGAGGCUGCCAAUAUGCUCAAGGCAUUGCAAAAAGCCAGCCAAACUAUCUCAGAAAUCCGUGAGACUCAGCUCUGGUGAGGGGAACCCACUGCUUCUGAUGGCUCCAACCCACGAGUCCCAUUCACCCAGAGCCAUGCCAGCAUUCAUUUCUGAGCCUU